AAUUCUCUUUGGGUUUGCUAUCCUACCGUGCGGCUAAGCAUUUGAAAUCUGGUACACUUGAAGCCACAUUUUGCAGCCUUUUCAGACAACGAGUCUGAUUUGGAUAGCAGCAAGUGGAGAGCACGUUGUGGACCAGCCGGGAGAAAGGGAAGAAGGCAAGAGAGAAAUUCUGCAGAUUUUAGUACAGCGUAUGGUUUUGCAACUUUGUCCGACUUGGAUUGGGCUGAAAUUUUGUCUGGGAGUUCACAAGACAUUCAUCUACCUUUUGAAUGCACGAUCAUUUUUUGUGUCCAAGCAUGAUACCUGAGUUUGUCACCAGCCUCAUCCUCGCUCCUAUUAUAGAGACGUUGAUUUCCAAAUUGAUUUCACGUGCCUAUGGAUGGUGGAUAGCUUCGAGUUCGAGUUCACGUUUUGAUCCCGUAAUGGAGCUGACGAAACUUGAAGAUUCACUAAAGAUGAUCCAGUCUGUACUUAAAGAUGCAGAGGGAAAACAGGGAAGAGAAAGUGAUGACCCUAUAAGGCUCUGGCUACAAGAUCUCCAAAAGGUAGCUUAUGAUGCUGAGGAUGUACUUGAUGAGUGCGAUUAUGAGCAUCUUCAGUACCAGCUUAAGCCUCGAGGUGGGAAGAAGAACGGCGAUAAGAAAAAGAAAAGCAGUACCCCCAGCUUCACCAUUGGUUCUGAUAUAGGUGACAGAAUAAAGGAUAUCAAUGGGCGCUUUGAUAGAUUAAAAGAGCGCGUUUCUCUACUAAAUCUAAAGGCAUGCCAGCAAUGUCAUCCAACUGCUAGGCAAUUUACACCGACAGACUCCCUUCUUGAUUGUUCAGAAGUUUUUGGAAGGGGAGAUGAUAUUUCAGAAAUUGUUAGCAUGUUGGAUAACUUGAGGAAUAAACAUCCAAUCUCUGGUGUUUCAAUAGUUGGCAUGGGGGGCCUUGGAAAGACAAUAGUAGCAAGAUCAAUAUACGAGACGGCCAAGGAACGCUAUGAUCUAGUAGUUUGGGUUGGUGUAGUCCCAAGCAGCAUCAAUGUACUUGUUGAAGAUCUUGCAAAAAAAUUAGAGAAGAAAACUUUUCUUCUCAUUCUUGAUGACGUGUGGGACAAAGAUAAAUCCAAGUGGAUUGCUUUCAACAGUCGUCUCUCAGGAAUUUUGAGGACAAGGAGGAAUUCCAUUAUGGUGACAACUCGUGAUGAAGAGAGGGUUUUCGAACUAUCGGGACUAGAAUCAAUUUCUCCUAAUUUGAAAGAUAUUGAGGUAGAUAUUGCCAAAAAGUGUGGGGGCUUGCCAUUGAUAGCAGCUGUCAUCAGUGGAACAUUGAGCUCUGAAAUUCAAAAAAGUGCCUGGGAGGCUAUCAGAGAUAAUGAUGCAUGGAAUUUGGAUUCAAAAGAUGGAAAAUGGAUUUUAUCCAUACUGAAAAUCGGCUUUGAUCAUUUGCUUCCACCUUUGAAAAAAUGCUUCUCUUAUUGUUCAAUAUUUCCAAAGGACUUCCUCAUUGAAAAGGAUGAUUUAGUUCAGCUUUGGAUGGCUCAAGGAUUUCUUCACCAGCCUAACAAAAGCUCCAGCACAAUGGAAGAAAUUGGUGAUGCUUACUUUAACUAUUUGUUAUCUAAUUCCUUAUUUCAAGAUGUGAGAAGGAAUAAAUAUGGAGAUAUCAUAUCUUGCAAGAUGCACGAUGUAGUGCAUGAUCUGGCAUUGGCAGUUUCAAAAGAUGAAACUUUAAUCUGGAAGUUUGGUUGCAAGAUUGACAAAAAGGCUACUAUUCUACAUUUGAGAGUCAAGCAUGAUAGGAGUGGACUUCCAUACAUUCCAACUAAUCUUUGUCAAAGGUUGCGUUCUUUGUUCAUAGAAAAGGAGGCUGAUGUUUUCAAUAACGUGGCAUCUGAUUUCAAAAGUUUGCGAUCUUUAAAAUUAAUGCAAGCUAAGACGGAAGAGUUGUGUCCUGCUCUUGGUGAACUAAAGCAUUUGAGAUACUUUGACAUCUCGAAUAGCAAAAUUAAAGCACUACCAGGAUCUCUUUCCAAGCUCUACCAUUUGCAAACUCUUAGACUAAACCGGUGCUUUUCUAUUCUACAGAUGCCUGAUAAUAUGAUCAAUCUAGUGAGCUUGAGGCACAUUUAUUUUUCUAUUGAAAAGCAUGUGCCAAGGGGGCUUGGGCACCUAACUUCUCUUCAAACAUUACCUAUAUUUUUUGUAGGUAAAGAGAAGGGGAAUGGCAUUGAAGAACUGGGAAGCUUGACACAACUCAGAGGAGAAUUGAAGAUUCAGAACCUUGAACAAAUUGGAUCAAAAUCAGAAGCCACAAAAGCAAACCUAGGGGAAAAAACAAGAUUGCACCAUUUGAAACUACAAUGGAAUGAAUUGGAAAGAAACUGCAGCAACCAUGAGGAGGUUCUAGAAUGUUUUCAGCCUCACUCAAACUUGAAAGUGGAGUUGGAAUUAGGUGAUUGGCAUAAUUGUGGACACAUUCCUAGUCUGGGACUUUUGCCUGGUCUCAAGUCUCUUUAUAUUUAUAAUUUUAAAAAUGUAAAAAGAAUGGGUCAUAAGUUUGAUAGUCCAGGAGAAGUAGUAUCAAUCAAACUAUUCCCAGCUUUGAGACAACUCACCUUAGAAAACAUGGCAAUCUUAGAGGAAUGGGUUGAAGUCGAUGAUGAUGAUAUUGCAGCACGAGGCAAAGUUGAGAUUGUGUUUCCUUCCCUUGAAAGUUUGAUAAUUAAGGGUUGUCUUAAGUUGGAAACUUGGUUGAUGGGUGGAUUUUCAUCUCAUCAUAAGUUGUCUUCCUUGAAGAUCUACCACUGUGACAAUCUAAUGGCUAUCCCAAAUUUGGAUAGGCUCUCAUCUCUUAAAACUUUAGAGAUAGGCAGCUGUCAUACAUUAACUUGUCUGCCAAAUGGGUUAAGAUCCUGCAUUUCUCUCCAGAAGUUGAGAAUUUUUUAUUGCAAGGAUUUGACUUCCAUUCAGAGUAUAGCAUCUUCUCUUACAAGUUUAGAGCUAUGGUCUUGUGGUGCAUUAACAAGUCUACCAAGUGAACUAGGCUACUGUAUUUCUCUUCAGUAUUUGCGCAUUUCAAACUGCAUUAAUAUAAGGAGUAUUCCAGAGGAAUGCCUCUUCAACCUCACUAGCUUGAAGAAGUUACGGAUGGGUCCUUUCUACAAGGAAUUGGAGGAAUUCCCAGGACUCAGUUACAUUCAUCAACUGAGCUCCUCCCUUGAAGAUUUAUCAUUAAAGGGAUGGGAUAAACUGAAGUCUUUGCCAUGUCAACUUCAAGUUCUCACUACUCUGAGAAAAUUGGCUCUUAAAGAAUUUAAUGGAGUGGAAGUUUUUCCAAAGGGGUUGGGAAACCUCAAUUCUCUUCAACGACUUUCCAUCUCUUAUUGCAGAAAUCUAAAGCAUCUGUUUCCACUGCAAGCCCUAAAAUCCCUUUCUGAGUUAGAGAUAGGUCCUUUCAGCUCAGAGUUGGAGGAGUUCCCAGGUUUCAAUUGCAUCCAUCACCUUCAUGCUUCCUUGAAAUGUUUAUCUUUGAGAGGAUGGGAUAAAGUAAAGUUUCUGCCAAAGGAGUUGGGAAACCUCACUUCCCUUGAGGCAUUGAGUCUUUCAGAAUUCAACGAAGUGAAAGCUUUUCCAGAGGGGUUAGGAAACCUCACUUCUCUUCAAGAACUUUCCAUUUCUUAUUGUAGAAAUCUAAAGCAUAUGUUUCCACUCAAAGCCCUAAAAUCCCUUUCUGAGUUAUGGAUGGGUCCUUUCUCCUCAGAGUUGGAGGAGCUCCCAGGACUUGAUUGCAUCCAUCUACUUAAUGCUUCCUUAAAAUAUUUAGAAUUGAAAGGAUGGGAAAAAGUAGAGUUUUUGCCAGAUCAGCUUCAGCAUCUCACUGCCCUCAAGUCAUUGACUAUAAAAGAAUUCAACGGAGUGGAAGUUCUACCAAACUGGUUAGGAAACCUCACUUCUCUUAUACAACUGAGGAUUAGAAAUUGUCGUAAUUUGAUGAGUAUGCCUCCUAUUGAAGCCAUGCAACACCUCUCCGAUUUACGAUUUCUUUUUAUAAAUGAAUGUCCCAAAUUAAAGGAAAGAUGCACCAGAGAUAGAGGAGCCGAAUGGUCCAAGAUUUCUCACAUUCCCGAAAUCAUAAUAGAUGGGGAAUAGGGAUGAGCACGAGGUUUGGAAGAGUAGGUUGAGCAGUUGAAGAAAUAAACAAGCCUUCUCCAAAUACUAUUCUAAUGGAUGUUCUCUGGAAAGCUUUCUCAUAUAAAGACACAAUGAGGAGAAAAAACAAGGGAUUGCACGGACACACAUUCUUUCAUGUUUAAGGUCAAUUCAAGUGUACUUGAAAGUUGAAACACCUUAAGAGUUCCACACAAAACGGCUGAUGUGCAAACUGAACCUUCAUUCUCUAGUGGCUCUCUUGUGUUGGAAAGCUUUGGAGGAUCUAAAAGAGGCUCAAAUAAUGUCUCCACAGUCUGAAUCUAAGCCAAAACUUUGUGUAGGUUUGUGUUUAUACAUUGCAAUCAUAUGUUGUUAAUAAAAUUUUAAUUUUCAG